CGGUUCAUCCUAUCUCGAAACUAUAUGAGAAAAAAAAUUGAACUGAGUUUGAACCGCGUCGGAGAUAAAAACGGCCAUUAGCGUUAUUAACGCUGUCAGCGUCCAAAUAGAAUGUACCCAACAUAUAGUUGACAGUUUAACAUUUGACAGUCAAGUCGGAGUCAAGUGUCGGAGCACCUACUACGAAAAUAAUGAUCGUUAGCUGGUAGUGUGAAAAAUGUCGUACACGCUUGCGAACGAGAUUGACUGUAAACAAGGAGCCAUCAGAGCUGUCAGAUUCAGUGGUACGUCUCUAUAACGUCACUUCAUCUCCAGUCGAUGGAUCGUACUGCAUAACCUGCGGUUCUGACAGGAAAUUGAAACUAUGGAAUCCGUACAGACGAGCAUUGUUGAAGACUUACGGCGGUCAUGCGGAUCAGGUUAUGGACGCGAGUGCGGCCUGCGACAGCGCUCGUAUAGUUUCCUGCGGUCUAGACAAAUCUGUUAUCGUUUGGGAUGUUGCUACAGGAACGCCGAUGAAGAGACUACGAGGGCAUGCCGGACCUGUCACAUGUGUCAGAUUCAAUGAAGAAUCUUCUAUGAUCAUUUCUGGCUCGAGGGACAAUUCUGUCAUGUGCUGGGAUGUUAGAUCAAAACAACAAGAUCCAGUUCAAACACUUGACGAAGCUAAAGAUGCUAUUUCCAGUGUCAGAGUGAGCGAUCAUGAAAUUCUUACAGCCUCCUUCGAUGGCCACAUAAGGAGAUACGAUAUUCGAGUUGGUGAACUGUCUGCUGACCAAAUGCCAGACGCUGUAACUUGCGCAAGUUUCACGAGUGAUGGACAAUGUGUAUUGGCAAGUUGCGCCGAUGGGACAAUCCGGCUCUUGGAUAAGGAUUCGGGUGAAUUAUUAGGAGAAUAUGACGGCCACAUAGCGAACGAUUUGUGUCUUGAGUCAAGCGUCGACAACCAAGAUACCCGGAUAAUUUCUGGCUCUGGUGAUGCCAAACUUUGGAUAUGGGAUUUAGCGACACAGCAAGUUAUUUGCAAGCUAGGAAAUCAACCCGAUUUUCCCAUAGUUUCAGUCAGCGUUCAUCCUCAGAAAAAUAAUUGUAUACUAGCCACCGGAGGAAGCAAAAUCUUCAUGUGGGAUGAGAAUCCGGAAUGAAUAUUUUUAUUGAAAGAAAAAAACCCAGGAAAAAAUGUAUUCUACUCGAUAUGCAAAAAAUAUGUUUGUAAAUUUUGUAUAUAAAAAUUCCUGACAUGGCGGAUGGUUUGCUACUGAAUAA